GAAGUGGAAUACAGGGAACUUGGGUUUGGUCUCUCACUUUCAACACCCACUUUAAAAAGACGAGACUCAGAGUCACUGAGAGGAAUUUCAAACUCAAAAGAUAAUACAAACUAAAGCAAUUAUAGUUUUUCUUUUUAUAUAUAUAUAUACGCAAACUUAAUAGCAGCAGCGGCAACAGUGCUCUCUCUCUUUCUCUCUGUCUCUGGCUAUAUAUAUAUACAUAUAUGUGGUUUGUUUUUAAGGAGUAUUACUUGUUAUAGUAGCUGAAUAGGAGUGAAAAAGGGUUUUUUUUCUUUUCUUCAACAUCUGUUCAGACCAUUGAAACGCCUAGAUUUUGCUUUUGCUUCUCUCUUUUCCUGGUUUUGAGGUCUCGCCGUCUUUGGGUUUCCGCACUGCUUUUUGUCUGCAGAGAUUGGUGGCGCAUUAAAGUAAAGCUUUUACUAAAGAGACCCCCUUAGCUCUUCUUCUUCUUCUUCUUUUAAUAAUUUUUCUUUUAUAGUAUGUUUGCUGCUGUUUCAAGACAUUAAUGGCUAUAUCUGCAGAAUCUUGGAGUUGAGAAUUCUUAAAAACUCUCUCUCUCGCCUCUGCUCUCCCUCUCAAGUCUCAACCAUAUCUAAUUGACGGCCAGCGUGCCUGUUUUCCAUUCUGAAAAUAAGGAAGAAAAGGUGUUAAAUCAAAUCAAGUAAAGGACAGGCUUUGAAAACUUAGUCAGCCAUUUGGAUCAUAGAGAAAGAUCUGUGAUCAGUUUCUUGAGCAAUCUUUUUACGCGAAAGAGACCUCUCAGAACGAGAUCUACCAGGUUUUAGACAUUGCUUUUAGAGAAAAACGAAGACAAUGUUGCCUCAGAAGCAAGCAGAGGAAGCAAUAGUCUCCAACUUCAGCGAGACAGAGCAUGAGGGGAAAGAGGAAGACAAAGAAGAAGAACACUCCAUGUUUAGCGUCAAGAGCAUUCUCUGGCACGGUGGCUCUACUUGGGAUGCUUGGUUCAGUUGUGCUUCCAAUCAAGUAGCUCAAGUACUAUUGACGCUGCCUUACUCCUUCUCGCAACUGGGUAUGCUGUCAGGGAUUUUGUUCCAAAUAUUCUACGGGCUUGUUGGAAGCUGGACUGCUUAUCUUAUCAGUGUGCUCUACAUAGAGUACAGAAGCCGAAAGGAGAAAGAGAACGUUAGCUUCAAGAACCAUGUCAUACAGUGGUUUGAAGUGCUUGAUGGGUUAUUGGGUCCAUACUGGAAGGCGUUAGGACUUGCCUUCAACUGCACUUUUCUUCUCUUCGGAUCUGUCAUUCAACUUAUUGCUUGUGCAAGUAACAUAUACUACAUCAACGACCAUUUGGAUAAGAGGACAUGGACAUACAUUUUUGGAGCUUGUUGUGCUACUACAGUUUUCAUACCCUCUUUUCACAACUACCGGAUUUGGUCUUUUCUUGGUCUUGGCAUGACCACUUACACUGCCUGGUACCUCGCCAUCGCCGCACUUGUUCACGGCCAGGCCGAAGGAGUAACACACACUGGUCCAAAAAAGUUGGUGCUUUACUUCACCGGAGCAACCAACAUCCUGUAUACCUUUGGUGGACACGCUGUUACAGUGGAAAUCAUGCACGCUAUGUGGAAGCCUCAAAAAUUCAAGUACAUAUAUUUACUAGCUACACUCUACGUUUUUACACUAACACUUCCGUCUGCCUCCGCCGUCUACUGGGCUUUCGGCGAUGAACUACUCAACCACUCUAACGCCUUCUCUCUUCUCCCCAAAAAUGGAUUCCGAGAUGCUGCCGUUAUCCUAAUGCUUAUUCACCAGUUCAUAACAUUUGGGUUCGCAUGUACACCUCUGUACUUUGUGUGGGAGAAGGUAAUAGGAAUGCACGACACCAAGAGCAUAUGCCUGAGGGCACUUGCGAGGCUGCCUGUGGUGAUACCCAUAUGGUUUUUGGCCAUCAUUUUCCCAUUUUUUGGACCUAUUAACUCAGCAGUUGGUGCACUUCUGGUUAGCUUCACCGUUUACAUCAUCCCAUCUUUAGCCCAUAUGCUCACCUACAGAAAAGCCUCUGCCAGACAGAACGCAGCAGAAAAGCCACCUUUCUUUUUACCAAGCUGGACAGCCAUGUACGUGGUUAACACCUUUGUGGUGGUGUGGAUCUUCGUAGUUGGUUUUGGAUUCGGUGGUUGGGCCAGCAUGACCAACUUCGUCAGACAAGUUGACACAUUUGGGCUCUUCGCCAAGUGCUACCAAUGCAAACCUCCGGUGCCACCACCAGCAGUAGCAGCACCACCACCUUCUAAAACUACCCGUCACCACUGAGAUCAUCAAUUACCUUCAACUUCAACUUCAAAAUUCAUCUCUUUCUUUUCAUAUUUUGUAUCAUACAUGGGAAAAAAAAGUAGCAUUACCCUCUCUCCCUUCCAUGUCAUGUGUGCUUUUUCAUUUAUUUUUUCUUCCUUAAAUGAGUCGAUAAAAUAGUGUGUUGAAUUGUGAUGAUUCCUUUGCUAUCAAAGCAUAGGCUAAUUAAAUCAGAAAUAUAAUAUAAUAUAAUAUAAUUAUUUAAUCA